UAAGUUCUAUCAACUCAUGUCCAUCGCCUAAUUUUCACGACGGAAAUCUUCACUCACUCAGAAUGAAGAAAUUUUAGGCAGAGAGUUGAAAGAGAACCGAAAGUACCCCAAAUUGAAAAACACGCGAUCUAACUUCUUUGUUUCGAAUCCAAGAGUAGAAGGAUAUGUCGAGAAAGUCAAGUGAAAUUCUAGACGAUCCCAAAGAAAGGGAAAAACAGAAGAAUCUUGAAAAUCAUGCAGAUGACUCGAGUUUGCUUAUUUCUCAGCUCGACCGUGAUGCAUCAAUCCAUUGUCUCCUUCGGGUGUCAAGGUCUGAUUAUGGCUCAAUCGCUGCAUUAAACCGAAGUUUUCGAUCACUUAUUACUACUGGAGAAUUAUAUCAACUUAGGCGAAAAAUGGGCAUAGUGGAACAUUGGGUUUACUUUUCUUGUGAUGUCCUUAAAUGGGAGGCCUAUGAUCCAAAUCGUGAUCGGUUGAUGCAACUGCCGAAAAUGAGUUCUAAUAUAUGUUUUAUGCUUUCAGACAAGGAGUCACUAGCUGUUGGUACGGAGCUUCUUGUUUUUGGAAGAGAAAUAACUGGCCUUGCCAUAUAUAAGUAUAGCAUUCUGACAAAUUCAUGGUUGAAGGGAAUGAAAAUGAAUACUCCUAGAUGCUUGUUUGGUUCUGCCAGCCUCGGAGAAAUUGCAAUAUUAGCCGGUGGUUGUGAUCAACAUGGCAACAUAUUGAGCUCUUCUGAGCUUUAUAACUCAGAUACCGGCACAUGGGAGGUUCUUCCAGACAUGAACACGCCAAGGAGAAUGUGUUCAGCCGUGUUUAUGGAUGAAAAAUUUUAUGUCCUUGGCGGAGUUGGAGUUGACAAAACAACACAACUAACUUGUGGUGAAGAGUUUGAUCUCAAGACGCGGAAAUGGCGCAAAAUACCUAACAUGUGUCCACCGCGUAACGGAGGAGAUGGUGCGAAUGAGACACCUGUCAGUGGCGAGGCACCUCCUUUAAUUGCAGUUGUAAAAGAUGUAUUGUACGCUGCUGAUUAUUCGCAACAAGAAGUAAAAAGAUAUGUUAAAGAAGAAAAUUCAUGGGUCACCAUUGGAAGCCUCCCUGAGAGAGUAACCUCGGUAAAUGGAUGGGGAAUGGCCUUUAGAUCAUGUGGAGAUAAGCUAGUUGUCAUUGGAGGUCCUAGUCUUUAUGGUGGAAUGGUAACAGAAGUCAAUGCUUGGGUAGCAAACGAAGGUGCACCACAAUGGAAUUUGCUUGCCAUUAUCCAAUCAGGAAGCUUUGUGUACAAUUGUGCUGUGAUGGGUUGUUGAGGUGCAUGUUUCUGAUUUCUGGAAAAAAUCAACAAUCUUAAUUUUAAUGAGAUGGAUUAAAACAUUUGGGGAAAUUUCAGAUUCUUUGAAAAACAUCAAUAUAAUCUUUAGAAUUUCAACUUUCAAAUUUUAUUGAUGUUGU